UUUUCAAUAAACAAUGCCUAUAAUUUUCUGCAAAGCAGCUUUAUGUUUCUUCUCACCACUCAUUGAUGAAUUUGGGAGAGAAAUGAGUAAAAUAUUUAUUUUCCCACAAGAAUUGCUCUGGUGAUUGUCUGCUGACGUUGCCAGGGAAUUGUCCUCUUGAGAUCCGAAGCGCGACGACGAUUCCUGAUUGGGCGGUUGUUGCCAUCGUGCUCAGAAACGGGUUACCAUAUUGUGCAGUGUAAUUCCCGGAGACGCUGAGUCCUCGCUUCCUGGCCAAAUCUGUGAGUGUCCAGGCAUGGAAUCUGGCGAAUGGCAGCUUUUGCCGUGUCUGACGUCGCAUUGUGCAAGAGUUUAAUGACACUCGUGCGGUGUGUUCACGUGCAUGAGACACGUUUCCAAGUGACGUGUCCGUUUUCGCCCAGAAGGCAGCCAGAUCCCUAAGUGAGCGCAUGAAAGACACAUCAAUUGACAUCAUGGAGAUCCGCAGACGACAGGAGAAGACGCCAGACAAGGACAGGAGUGCCCCAGAGGAUGGGGUGGACGUGUCGCCGGAGGAGAAGAUCGAGGCGAGUGACUUGCGUGGGGACAAGCUCAACAUUGCCAUCCUGUUUUUCCUCUACCUGCUCCAGGGCAUUCCAAUCGGGCUCACAUCUGCCAUUCCGAUGCUGCUGCAGAAUCGCGGCGCCACAUACAAGCAGCAGGCUGAGUUCAGCUUCGCCUACUGGCCCUUCAGCCUCAAGCUGCUGUGGGCCCCCAUCGUGGACUCUCUGUACUGGAACGCCUUCGGACGGCGGAAAUCCUGGCUCAUUCCCACCCAGUAUUUAAUAGGGCUCUUCAUGCUCAUCCUCUCGCAGCAUGUGACACAGUGGCUGGGCGGCGGCGGCGCUCCGCCCCACGUCCAGGUGCUCACGGUGAUCUUCUUCGCUCUCAAUUUCCUCGCCGCCACGCAGGACAUCGCCGUGGACGGCUGGGCGCUCACGAUGCUGAAGCGCUGCAACGUGGGUCACGCGUCCACGUGCAACAGCGUCGGCCAGACGGCCGGCUACUUCCUGGGCUACGUGGUCUUCAUGGCGCUGGAGUCCGCGGAGUUCUGCAACACAUAUCUCAGGCGUGAGGCCUCGGAUGAGGGAAUCGUGACGCUGCCGGGCUUCCUGUGGUUCUGGGGCAUCGUUUUCCUCGUCACCACGACUCUCGUGGCGAUCUUCAAGCGCGAGAACGCCCCAGUCGCCUCCAGUCGGUACACGAAGCAGCCCGAGCUCAACAUCCGGCAAUCCUACACACUUCUGCUGGACAUUCUGCGAAUGCGUCCCAUCCAGAUCCUCGGCGCCAUUCUGCUGACCGUGAAAAUCUCCUUCGCCGCGUCCGACGCCGUGAGUUCGCUCAAGUUGAUCGACGCGGGCGUGCCGAAAGACAAGCUGGCGCUCCUGGUGGUGCCACUGGUGCCACUGCAGAUCAUCCUGCCGCUGGUCAUCAGCAAGUACACCACAGGACCACGUCCCAUGGACGUGUACGUGAAGGCGAUACCCUAUCGAUUGGCGCUCGGCGUGGUGGCUUCGGCGGUUGUGUGGAUCACACCCGCAUUCCUCAGCAAUGGCCAGUUCCCUGUUUACUACUACGUCAUGCUGAUAAUCAAUUACGGCCUCUAUCAGAUAACGCUGUACUCGAUGUUCGUGGCUGUGAUGGCCUUCUUCGCCCGGAUCAGCGAUCCCGCCGUGGGCGGAACAUACAUGACGCUUCUCAACACUGUCAGCAAUCUCGGGGGCAACUGGCCGUCCACUGUGAUGCUCUGGCUCGUGGAUGUGCUCACGUGGGGCCGAUGCAACAUUCCAGACACCCAGUCGGACAACAUUUGCGCCAGUCAGGAGCAGAAAGACGCCUGCGCGGCGGCCGGCGGCGUGUGCCAGAUAGACAUCGACGGGUACUACAUUGAGUGCGGCAUUUGUCUCAUCUACGGGCUGAUCUGGUAUCGGUGGGGCAGGUCAAAAGUGGCCCAGUUGCAGCAGCUUCCGUUGAAAUCGUGGAAGGUCGUGAUGGAGCGGUCGCGCGAUACCGAGAGCCUACUGCGGAGUGCCAGUCACUGAUAGCAGCAGUGCAGGGAUUUAGUAAAUAUUGACAAAAUACUUGAUAAGAGAAUGAUAAGCGUGCGAAUUAGUGCAAUUCUGGGGAUUUCAUUGACAUUUUUUCCAUCAUUAUCGCUACUUAUGUGAUUUUUACCACAUCUGUGAAUUUAUUUUCAUCGUGUGUGAUUGUGGGGUGAGGCCUAAUUGUAGUAUUCUUUUUCACAUUGAUUAAAAGUUGUUAUGAAAAGGAUUUUGUAAAUAAAAAUCUGCAGCACAAGAAA